UCCUCCUCCUCCUCCCGGCAUGCUUCGCGCGCACCCCUCUCCCUCCCUGGCGAACAUGGAGGCCGCGGAAGGAGAAGGCUUGGGUGAGGCGGGGGCCCUGUCCGUGCCCUUCGCGGCCGAAGGAAGAGGAGCCCCCCCUCCUUCCAGGGGAGAAGAAGGAGAAGAAAAAGAAAAUGGGGGGAAUGGGGAGGCGGUGGGCCCCGCCCCACAAGGCCUUGCAGCCCCUCUGCCAGAAGAAGAAGAAGGAGGAGGAGGAGGAGGAGAACCCUCCUUUGGCUCCUCCUCACAGCUGCCCUGGGGGGCCCUGGAGCUUUCCCAGAGCCAGGAUCUUCUGGGAGGAAGUGGAGAAGGAGCUGGAAUAGGAAGCAAGGAGGAGGAGGAAGAGGAGAGCCAGAGCCUGAGUCUGAAGGCAGCAGCCAAGGAGGAGAAUGGAGGCAUAUGCCAGGAGAGACAAGACUUGCCAGGCCCCUCAGGAGCCACCAAAGCUGCCCAGGAGAGAGAGCACAGCAACAUCAAGGAGAAGGAGGAGGAGGAACACGCCCAGAGCUGUGCAGGUGGAGGAGGUGUGGCAGCAGGGGGUGAGGUGACAGGAUCGGGGAGAGGCAGCCCUGAGAGGUCAGGCUCCUUGCUGAGUGGCAUCCCCAACCUUCUGUCCCACCACAAAGAAGAAGAAAUCCAUCGUCCCUCUUCUCCCAAAGCGCCUGGAGUGGCUGGUCCCCCUGGCUGGCAGUCUCAAGAGGCAGAGCUUGAAUCCACACAAGAGGAUCUCUUUGGCCAGUGUCAUAGUGACAGCAGCUGCAUUGGACCCGUCGCAGACGAGGCUGGCCCUCUCGCUCCUACUCCUGCUGAUCCGCUGCAGGUCCUUCACCUCUCAGGACAGGGGCCACUCUCUGGCUGUGUUUCAGAGCCUGCUCUGCCGUCUUGCGGUGUCUGGGAACCCGUCCCUCUCAUCGUCCCACGAAGCCCAACAAAUUCCUGUACAGGAGCCGGGAAGCAGGAAGAGGACUCGGCGGAGGCGCUGCCCCAGGCCCCCAGCCCCCUGUCUCCCACAUCCGUUCCCAUCCCAUCCCUGCCAGACUUUUCCCAUGACACCUUUCUUCCAACUCCAAGCUUGGAGCAGGGGUCCAAGGCACAAGCAGAGAAAGGCAGCUCUGGUGUGGUUGCUUUGCCAGCAGCUGGGAGCUUAGAAGCGCCUGAGGUGGGAGCCGAGGUCCUCUCCAGCCUGGUGGAAGGCCCCAUUCUGCAGCUUCCAGGUGAAGCCUGUGUUUUGGCCCUUUCUGAGAGUGAGUGCAGCCGGUCUGCUGAGAUGGAGGGACAGAGCGUGAUGCUGCCAGAGGAAGAGGCGGAACCAUAUUCCGGAGAGAGACCUGCCCAGACCAUUGGCCCCAGCCAGCAUCUACUGAGCGCAGACAGUCAGAAUCUGCUUUAUGGCCCUUCUAAAGACCCGUCUCCUGUCCAAGAUGGGGAUGGGGGGACUGUCAGGAAUCAGGGCUGCCUGGAGGAUCCCUUCAUUGGGGAGGGAGAGGCCAUCCCAGAGGUGCCUCGGGAGGAGGAGCCACAGGAAGCUAUGUUGCUAAGCGGAGGGGUCACUUCCCCAGAAGAACAGAUGACAGGACAAAUUGGAUGCUCUGCAGAACCUCUGGACAUAGUUCCGCUGGCGGCUGGAGACAUGGCCACAGCGGACGCUACAGAAGAACCCCCUGGCCAGGCCCCGUUUUUUACCAGCCCUGGGACAGCACUGCAACUUUCUAGUUCCCAGAGUCCUCCAGCUGAGGGCCCAGAGGGCCCAGGACCCCUGAGCACGGAGCUUCCUGCAGGCCAAAUGAAGGAGGCUUCAGAGGAGGAGGAGAGUGCUGUGCUGCUCAGGAUGGCCCAGCAGGAGCCAGACGAAGCUAUGUCGGCAGCCUGUUCCGCACAGAGCAGCGACGAGGUGCCAGCAGCCUUGCCUGGAAGCCAGCCAGGGGCCAGCAGUAAGGAGAUCAUGAUGGGCCACCUGCCUGGGAAGCAGGAGGAAGAGGCAGCAGCAGGAGCAGCCGAGGGGGCUGAAGAGGGGCAGUGGAGCCAAGCCCCCAAUCCCUCAGCUGACCUGGUGGUUGAAGGCCCCUCCUUCCAAAAAGAGGGAUCAGCGGCGCUUCCUCCUCUGGCAGGCUUCACUCCGCCCCUCAUUGGCCGGCUGAAGAGGACUCCCCGGCACAGCACUCCCAAUGAGGUUGGGGGCUGCCCAGACAGCAGCAUUGCCACCAGCAACAUCACGGCUGAAAGUGCCCAUGCAGUGACUCUGGAGAGUCCUUUGGCCUCGGCAGAGAUGGAGGAGGAGAGCGGCCAAGGGGCAGCCGGACGGGGUGGCCAGGKGGUGGAGGCAGCGGAGGAGAAGCUGUCCUUGCAGAUSGGCCUGGGGACCCCAGUGGCCGAAGAGAGCGAGGGCUCCCUGCCCUUCAGCCUGGAGAAACCUGCAGCCGAUCYAGAGAAGAAUGGGUCUCUCCCGGGAACUGUUUCCAGGGCUCAGAAAAUGCCCUCCGUCUUUGCUCGUGUCUAUGAAGCCCUGCAUGCCGGCCAGCCUCAAGGUCCAAAGCGGCCAAGCUCACCAUUCAGGGGAGACCUGUUCCAUUUCCCAAAUUCCCGGGAGGAAGAGGAGGAGAGGAACGAGAAGGAGGAACAUGUACCUGGGGUCAGGCAGAACACAGAGCGGCUGGGUCCCCAGUCUUGUGGGCAGGCACUGCAUGGAGACGGCCCAGAUGGAUGUCCUGAGGAGGAGGAGGUGGAAGAGGCCAUGGAGACAGAAACUGUGGGGGCGCAAGAGGGGGAGGCCGGGCAAAGGGAAGCAAAGGGGCCAGGCACUCCCCUCCCUGCAAAAGGGAGUGAUCCCACCCACAGCCCCAGGCCUCCCCCCAGCAGUGGGAUCCGAGGCCCAGCGAGCAUUGUGUCUGUGGCCACGCAGACGAGGGCUUGCGUUCGGGCGGAAGUGGGCACCAGCAUGGCCCAGGUUCAGCCUGAAAUGCAUGAUGCGGAAGUGCAGACAGAAGAGGGGCAGAGGGGAACUCCCGGCAGGGCACAGACUGCAGAUGUGCCACACAACCAGAACGAUGAGGAAGACUUGACUUCACCCUGCCAGCCAAAAGUCAACAUCUUGCAGCGCCACGUGCGGACCGUCCGUGAAGUGCGCACUGUUGUGACGCGGGUCAUCACAGAAGUCUACUAUAAGGAUGGGGCUGAAGUGGAGCGCAAAGUGGUUGAGGAAAGUGAGGAGCCUGUUGUAGAACGCCAAGAGUCCGAGGUGGCUCUCUCUCCGUCCCGCACAGCAGGAUCCUCUUUGACCCCUGGAGACCUGGGGGACAUCAGCUCCUUUUCCUCCAAGUCCUCCGGGCCCCAGCAGGCCUCCAGUGGAGGGAGCGGUGCCUCCUCCUUCAUCAACAGUGGCAUCAUCGCUGGCCAAGGAGUGGGGCCCCAAGACUCUCUCUUGCCAGGUGUCAGGAAGCCCAGCCCCAGGAAGGGAGGACUGCUGACCCAGCGGGACCACAGAGCAGCUGAAAGGCACCAGGAGGAGGAAGGUCUGGAAGGGAGUGCGAGGCCGGUGCACCGUGGGCAGGGGAGAAGGGCCCGCCCUGCAGCACGAGGCACAGGGAAGAGGGGCAGCGCAUCCGUGACAGAAAACCACUCUGUGCCUCCGCCCGAGGCUUCUCUCCAUUGCCGCAGCGGCUCUCCCGAAAUCCCUCUGCAGGAGCCGCCCCCUCCCCACUCGCCCUCCUCCUCCUUGCCCUCCUCCCCCUCUAAGGACAGCCUUGUGGGCCUCAGGGUGGUGGCCAAGUGGUCCUCCAAUGGCUACUUCUACUCUGGCACCAUCACCCAGGACGUGGGGGGCACCAAGUACAAGCUGCUCUUUGAUGACGGCUAUGAGUGUGAGGUCCCGGGGCGGGACAUCCUCCUCUGCGACCCGCUCCCCCUGGAGACUGAGGUGACGGCCCUCUCGGAGGACGAGUACUUCAGCGCCGGGGUGGUGAAAGGCCACCGGCAGGAGCUCGGGGAGCUCUUCUAUUGUGUGGAGAAGGACGGGCAGCAGAAGUGGUACCGGCGGGCGGCCGUCAUCCUGUCCCUGGAGCAAGGGAACAGACUGAGGGAACAGUUUGGGCUGGGCCCCUUCGAGCCCCUCACCCCUUUAGCAAAGGCUGCCGACAUCAGCCUCGACAACCUUGUGGAGGGGAAGCGGAAGAGACGCAACAUGGGCUCCCCGGGCCCUUCCCUCCGGACGGGGCUCCUCCUCCGCAAGGCUCCAGACAGCCCCCAGUCACCUCAUCGUAAGAGGAAACUGGCCUCCUCAGAUGGGGAGCAGUCGCCUGCCAAGCGAGGACGCAAGGCAAAUCCCCCCACGACGACAGCGUCAGGGCUUGCUGGUGCCAAGGUGACCGGGAGCCCCACCUGCAGCGUUGGGGACCCAGGAGCAGCUGAUGAACGGUGGGGGCCUCUGCCUCAGAACAAGGCCCUCUUCUUGGGCUACGGCUUCCUCUUGACGGUAGCCAGCCCCACGGACAGACCCUCCAGUGGCCAGGCGCUUGCUGUGAGCUCCGGAGAAGAAGAAGAGUUACUGGUGACAACGCCAUACAAUCAAAGCUAUGUUGAGCUGCAGUUAAAGACAGGAGGUGGUAUCAUCCUGGAGGACUUCAAGGACAGCCAGUGCAGCGCAGGCUUCCAGUGCCUCCUGGUAGCGGACCGCCCUUGCCGCACUCGGAAGUACCUCCUGUGCCUCGCCAGAGGGAUCCCAUGCGUCUCCCACGUCUGGGUCCACGACAGCUGCCACGCCAACCAGCUGCAGAACUACAAAGAUUACUUGCUGCCUGCUGGAUACAGCCUCCUGGAACAGAGGAUGCUGGAGUGGCGACCGCGGAAGGACCCCUUCCACAAACUGAAGGUGCUCCUGGUGUCAGAUGAGCCGCAGGACUUUUUGGAAUUUUGGUCUGAGAUUCUCAUGACUGGAGGAGCUGCAUCUGUGAAGCAGCAGACAUCGGCUUCAUGGAGCAAAGACGUAGGCCUGGGCCUCUUUGAUGUGCUGGUGACGGACAACUCCUGCCCAGCGGCCAUCUUAACGUGUGCGGAGGCGCUGGCGCUGCCGGUUGUGUCCCAGGAGUGGGUGGCCCAAAGCCUUGUUGCCGGGGAGCCAGUGGGGUUCCAGCUCCUGGCCUUUGCACCCCAAGGGCACUCCAGUUGAAGAAGCUCCCUUGCAAUGGUUUUAACUUUUUGUGUCAAUUAAGCCCCUGUGCAUGAAGAUGAUGUGCUUGUAUAUACUUUUGACUUCUGAACUUCCACGAUGAUGGAAAAAAUAAAUACUGGCUUUCUUGUUGUUGUGGUA